ACUGUAACCACGUGGAUUUACCCGGGGAUGUUUUGACACAUAGAGAUACUACAAACACACAUGUUUGACACCAAUCAGCAGUUAGAGUUUUGGUGUCUGUCAUCUACAAACAGUGAAGCAGCAACAACAAUGGUAGUAAAGUUCAACUCAGAAGCCAGCACACUAAAAGUUGUUCUCCUAAUAGUUACCAUUUUGGCCAACGUUACUAACCAGGCUGUGUACCUCACACUCAAGGAGGCAGAGAGCAAAGCAGAAUUUGCUGCAACUGUAAUUGGACUUUUUGCUGCAUUUUAUGUUAUAUUUGUAGCUGCAGUGGUACUCAGCAUUCUUCUUAGGCAUAAGGAUUAUAUCACGGACCAAUCAUACAGUGAAUUCUUGAUCAUAAUAACAGCCCAAGUUUUAACAGGAAUAGGAGGCCUGUGCUUUUUCAUUGGUGAUAGGAUAUUACCACUCCUCACAACGUUUGGCCCUGAGCUUAACUGCAAUGAAAAUUGCAUUGAUACAGCAGCUAUUACUGGGACUGCACUAGUAGUGGUCUCUCUCCUGGUUUUUCGCUUUGUCCCACUACUCAUAUUCAAGCUGCACAUUGUUACCAAUACAUACCAACAUUCUGCAAUGAUUGUGAAAUGUCAUUCGAUGUGGCACAGCAUCAUCGAGGCAAUGUCACUCAUUGUAGAGCUUGAUGCCUGGUUUGUCAUCAUUGCUGACAUACCAUUGGAGAAUCCUAAUUUCUGCCCCAAGCACCAGCUUAUAGUAGCAUGGGUACUCUAUGUUUUCAUUGGAGUCAUAUGGAUAGGAAUGCUAAUGGCUAUAGUUCUACCAGGAGCUAUUAAACUACUGUCAAGAGGUCACGAUUUAUUCAAAGCUUUUUCUCUACCAUUGUCAAUGAUAGUGAUAAUAUGGUUUAGUGUGACAGUUCUACUCAUUAGUGCCAAUGUACAACCUAUUGGCUGUCUUUUUAAGUGUGACAUAGUACUUGGUAACUUUACAGCUGAUUGCAACACUGAGGGGUACUAUGGCUCAAGGACUGCCAUGCUGUGUCUUGUUACAGUCACGUUCAUGGGAGUUGGUAUAGUACUGACUCACAUUGCAUCGAUGACAGGCUACACAACAAGUACAGGUAGAAGCAACGAAGAUAAUAUUUCACUAGAAGAACAGGAUGAUUGACCAUUAAUUGUUUUAACUAUUAAUUAUCAUUACAUUUCUUUAUGUAGAGUGCAUAAAAUACAAUAUGUUUUGCCUGUGUUGGUAUCAAGAGUGCGCAUAAUAAAUUUUAGAAAAAUAAUUCUCAAUUUCUAAAUAGCAA